AUGGCUUUAUUUCAAUUUAGCAAGAAAACAGAACCAUUGCCACAAUUAACACAAUCACCACAAUCACCAUUGUCAAAUACAUCAUCAUCAGAUGAGGAAUGCACAAGGUGUAGCAUUCAUUGUCCAAGUUGA